AUGUUCCGAUAUUACUUUUUUUAAUGUCCAUGAUAAAAAAAGUUUGAUGGAAAAUUUUAAAACAUAUCGAAAUGAUUUAUAAAAAAAAAGAAAUGUGAAAAAAGAAGGAAACAAAGAGGAACAAAAAAGUAAAAAAAUUAAAAAAUUAAAAUUUGGUGUCCACUUCCCAAAAUAUAUGGACUGAAUUUUCUCAGUUUUGACACAUCAUUUUCCAGCGGCCAAUUGGAAGGGCGGAGUCCUUGGCUGCCUUUGAAUGAUUGAUACCGGCGGCGGGAACACCAUGAAUCUCGGCGAAGUUGCAGAUUCAACAGUGAACUCGUCUCCUUACUGCUACAAGAAACUCUCCUCCCAUAACAUCAGAGAGUUCAUCGAUUCUGUCGAUGCUGUUCUCUUCGACUGCGACGGCGUGAUUUGGAAAGGCGAAAAACUGAUCGAUGGAAUCCCUGAGACGCUCGAUAUGCUCCGUUCCAUGGGGAAGAAGCUUGUUUUUGUGACGAAUAAUUCGAGGAAGUCGAGAAAGCAGUUUGCCAAGAAGUUCCAGGCCCUUGGAAUUCAUGUUUCUGAGGGCGAGAUAUUCUCAUCUUCAUUUGCUGCUGCAAUGUAUUUGAAAGUUCACAAUUUCCCAACGGACAAGAAGGUCUAUGUUAUAGGCGAGGAAGGCAUAUUGGAGGAGCUUGCCCUUGCUGGCUUCACAGGGAUUGGUGGUCCGGAAGAUGGAAAGAAGACUCCGGAAUUAAAAUCAGGAUUUUUUUUUGAGCAUGAUAAGAGUGUUGGAGCUGUCAUUGUUGGAAUUGACCAAUACAUAAAUUACUACAAGCUACAGUAUGGAACACUUUGUGUGCGUGAGAAUCCCGGAUGCCUAUUUAUUGCUACCAAUCGUGAUGCGGUUGGGCACUUCACGGAUCUACAAGAGUGGCCAGGUGCUGGAUGCAUGGUUGCUGCAAUGUGUGGAUCAACUCAAAAAGAGCCCAUUGUAGUUGGGAAACCAUCAACCUUCAUGAUGGACUUUUUACUAGAGAAGUUCAAUAUCAGUACCUCAAGAAUGUGCAUGGUGGGUGACAGAUUGGACACAGAUAUCUUAUUUGGACAGAAUUCUGGUUGCCAAACUCUCCUUGUUCUUUCAGGUGUCACAAAUAUGUCAACACUUUUAGACCCUGCAAACAACAUCAAACCAGAUUAUUACACUGAAAAAGUGUCCGAUAUUCUAAACAUGCUGGAAUGAUCAAUUUUAUAGCAAUCAUAUUGUACAAGAUUCAUCACCAUCUGAUACUCUAAUCAUUUGGAAGCGUUUAAUCAGGUUUGCAACUUACCCUUUCUUUUCUUUGUAAGAAGGGUUUUAUUUAUCAAGCAUUCUUUUGAAAAGUGUGUUAGAUUACCUCUAGAUAAUAUACUUUAUCAGCACUAUCAAGAUAACUCUUUAUUUCUCCUAUCCCCAGUAAGGCCUUCCCCCUACUUGGUCUGCUUCGGAAAAACCUUCGGCUCAAGAAAACAUAAUGCAUAAGAACAGUUCUAUAUGAAAUAGAAUGAACACCCUUAUGUAUCUGCAUUGCUGCUAAUUAAUGCAGGCGUGACAAAUAUAGCAACAUUUUUUGA